GGGGUCACUCAACCCCCAGAGCUGAGCCUCCACUAGGACAUUCGCUGUUUCACCCUUGCCAUAAGCGCUGAUCUCCGCUAUAAUCGCUCGUUUUGAACUAUUUUGACCUCCAUACGAGAGGAAAACAAUUUAAAAUGUUUAAAAAGAGGAAAAUUGUUAAUAACGCCACGAGGAAACGUCAGACCGAGGGGCAAAAUGAUAGCAGUGAAGAUGAGACGAUGGUGGUGAAGAAGGAGAAGAAAAUUGAGGGGAGUAAUCCCCUCCGACAAAGUACAAGCGCAAAGAGAAAAGGGAGGAAAGAAGCUAGUGACACCAGUGAUGAGGAUUCCUCGGUGAUGGUGUCCUACAAAUCAAAGAAAUCAAGUGAGAUAGAGGGCCCAAGUGACCAGGGAGCAACAGCUGUUCUGGAGACCGAGACAGAGGUGUCGAAGGAUGCACAGGCGAUAUUUGAAAAGGCCCAGAGGAUAAAUGAGGAGCUGGAGGGAAAGGAGGACGACAAGAUCUACAGAGGGUUAAAUAAUUACGCCCAGUACUACAAGAAGAAGGACACAGCAGCUGGAAAUGCAUCCAGUGGAAUGGUGAGAAAAGGCCCAAUCAGGGCACCAGCUAAUCUUCGUGCUACAGUCCGAUGGGACUAUCAACCGGACAUCUGCAAGGACUACAAGGAGACAGGAUUCUGCGGCUUCGGGGACUCCUGUAAAUUUCUCCAUGAUCGAUCUGAUUACAAACUUGGGUGGCAACUCGAGAGAGAAGCGGCCACUGGGGAGUACAACAACUCUGGAGAUGAGGACGAUAAGAAAUACGAGAUUGACAGUGAUGAGGACAGUUUACCCUUCAAGUGCUUCAUCUGCAGGAACACAUUCACGGAUCCUGUUGUCACCAAGUGCAAACAUUAUUUCUGCGAAAAAUGCGCGCUUGAUCAUUACAAAAAAUCCACUCGGUGCUUCAUCUGCAAUGUCCAGACCACUGGGGUUUUCAAUCCCGCCAAGGAGUUGACCAGUCGAAUGAAAAGUGAGGGUCAGGGGGAGGACGAGUGCUGUGGAGAUGACGACACCUGAUUCACUUUUUCAUCAUGCGAAUUAUUGCGUGGAAUUUAUUUUUACGGAUUCUAGGCGCUUGCUGGUACCUAGAAUCAAAGAAUCGGCGUUGUGAAUUAUUUAUUCAUCUCUAGGAUAAUAAAAUGUCGAAUAAUGCGAGAA